CCAACCACCCCCAUGAAACAGGAUACCUUAAAGGAGCCCGUCUUUCCGAGGAGCGGGAGAAAGAGAGGCAGAAACCCAACAGACAGCAUCAUGGAGAGCAAGCCGCCUCCCCACCUAGUCAACCGCCUCCAGUGGGACCUGACGGCUGUGCAGAUCAGAAGUGCAACUGAUGAGCUCAUUGCAAGGACCAAGCAGGUGUACGACUUGGUGGGGGCCCUGGAGCAGCAGGAGGUCUCCUAUGAAAACACCCUGAAGGCACUGGCAGCUGUGGAGGUGGAGUACACAGUGCAGCGGAACAUACUGGACUUCCCACAGCACGUCUCCCCACGCAAGGAGGUUCGCUCGGCCAGCACAGAGGCCGACAAGAGGCUCUCGGAGUUUGAUGUGGAGAUGAGCAUGCGGCACGAUGUGUACCAGCGCAUCAUCUGGCUGCAGGAGAAGCUGGAAAACACCGUUAUGAAGCCAGAAGCAAAGAGGUACCUGGAGAGGUUGAUCCGGCUGGGCAGAAGGAGCGGCCUGCAUCUCCCGGAGGAAACGCAGGAGAAAAUCAAAGGCAUCAAGAAAAAGUUGAGUGUGCUUUGCAUCGACUUCAACAAAAAUUUGAAUGAAGAUGUAACCUUUCUGCUGUUCACCAAGGAAGAGCUGGGAGGGCUCCCCGAAGACUUCACAAGCUCCCUGGAGAAGGCAGAGGACGGGAAGCUCCAGGUCACUUUGAAGUACCCUCACUACUUUCCACUGAUGAAGAAGUGCCACGUGCCGGAGACACGGAGACGGAUGGAGGAGCUGUUCAACUCGAGGUGCAAAGAGGAGAACUGCCGGAUCCUGAAGGAGCUUGCGCACCUGCGGGCCCAGAAAUCCGCCCUGCUUGGGUUCGACACACAUGCUGACUUGGUGCUGGAGAUGAACAUGGCCAAGAACUGCGCGGCGGUGGUGACUUUCCUGGACGAGCUGGCCGUCAAGCUGCAGCCGCUGGGCCAGAAGGAGCGGGCGCUGAUGCUGGACCUCAAGCAGAAGGAGUGUGCGAAGCGGGGCCUGCCCUUUGACGGGCUCAUCAACGCCUGGGACAUGCGCUAUUACAUGAACCAGGUGGAGGAGACGCAGUACAGUGUGGAUCAGAACCUGCUCAAGGAAUAUUUCCCCAUGGAAGUGGUGACAGCUGGCCUGCUCGAGAUCUACCAGGAGCUCUUGGGGCUCACCUUUCACCUGGAGGAGAAUGCCCAGGUGUGGCAUAAGGACGUGCAGCUCUACACAGUCAAAGAUGCUGCCUCAGGGGAGACCCUGGGCAAAUUCUACCUGGACCUUUAUCCACGGGAGGGGAAAUACGGCCAUGCCGCCUGCUUUGGGCUGCAGCCGGGCUGCUUGCUUGCCAACGGCAGCCGCCAGAUCGCCGUUGCUGCCAUGGUGGCCAACUUCACCAAGCCGACACAGGACACACCGUCCCUGCUGCAGCACGAUGAGGUGGAGACCUACUUCCAUGAGUUUGGCCACGUUAUGCACCAGCUCUGCUCACAGGCUGAUUUUGCCAUGUUCAGUGGGACCCACGUGGAACGGGACUUUGUGGAGGCCCCCUCGCAGAUGCUGGAAAACUGGGUGUGGGAGAAAGAACCGCUGCUGCGCAUGUCCAAGCACUACAAGACCGGCAGCCCCAUCCCGGAUGAGCUGCUGGGAAAGCUUAUCCGAUCGCGCCAGGCCAACACAGGACUGUUCAACUUGCGGCAGAUUGUCCUGGCCAAGGUCGACCAGGCCUUGCACACACGGAUGGAAGUCGAUGCUGCGGAAGAGUACGCCAGGCUUUGCGAUGAGAUCUUGGGUGUCCCAGCGACUCCAGGUACAAACAUGCCAGCCACAUUUGGCCACUUAGCAGGAGGUUACGAUGCCCAGUACUACGGCUACCUCUGGAGUGAGGUCUACUCCAUGGACAUGUUCUACACCCGGUUCAAGCAGGAGGGCAUCAUGAACCCCAAGGUGGGGAUGGACUAUCGCACCUGCAUCCUCUGCCCGGGGGGCUCUCAGGAUGCCUCCGACAUGCUGCUCAGAUUCCUUGGCCGAGCCCCGAAGCAGGAUGCCUUCCUGGCCAGCAAAGGGCUGGUGGUGGAGCCCAGUGGGUGAGCCGUGGGCCGCCCCCUCCCUGGCCAUGCAAGUCCCUCCUCUCUGACCUUGGUCGUAGCCACGCCGCUCACCCACGAUCAUUCUUGGCAGUUGCCAUUCUGCAGAACUGACGCCACGUCCGUCUUGCUGUGGCCAGCUGUGUGAGAGAGGAAGCCUGCAGCGGGGGGGCGGGAGCACAAGCUGGGUGGCCUAAGGGCUGGCAGCCUUCUGUCAGUCUUCCCUUGCCCAGCACCCCCCAGAUGCGCUGCACUGCAGCUCCCUGCCAGCUGGGUGUAGCAGUCUGAGUAUCUGGAGAGUGCCGGGUCGGGGAAGACAACUCUGUGGGGGGAGGGGACACAUUUUUGGAGCAACAGAGGGAAAAUGGGGGGAAAGAAGCAAUGAAUUGCGAUUCAAUUGCUCUUUCCAAAAAUGUUGCCCAAUUCCAUACUUCUUCACAAAAAUGGGGAGCCAAUAUGGAAACAUAAGGUCAUUUUCUACCUCCAAACGGUUCUGGGGAAGGAAAGGCAGGGCAGGCUGGGCCAAGGGGCUGGAACCGGUCUCUUUUCUUGGCAAGCACGUGCCUAGAUGGUGGCACGCAGGCAGCCAUUGCUCCAGGGUGGCCCUGCUCUUUGCAGACUGACCCGCCCUCGAUCCACCUGCUCCUGGGAGCCAGUUGCAAAGGCAGCCUUCCCUGCUCAGCUUCUCAGGGGUCCUUCCAGCUCGGCUUGCUUGGUGUAGGCUCUGCACACCUUUGCUUGCAAGUGAGGCUUCCUGUGUUCCUGGGCUUGCUUGCAGGCGAAUGUGCCUGGGAUCCGGCCUGGGUCAGGGGAUGAGGGCCGCCCCAGGAACCAGGGGCGCAUGGCACGCAGCCAACCUGCACCCAUAUGGUGGGGGCAGGUGCUCUGCAUGCGGAUGCUGCUGCGGAGGCUGCAUGUGGGGCCCUGGAUGUUCUCUGGGGCACGUGCAGCUGUGUGGGUUAGGACUCCCAGGCUCAUUUGAUGUCCAGUGUCUAUGGGUUCUAUGUCUGCCCCUUUGGCCCCGUUCACUGGUCCCUGUUCUGUGUGUGUUGGUUUCUGUGUCAAAUAUUCUGGCUUUGGACUGGCCCAAAGUUUUUUUCUUUUCACUUACUGCUUCCACCCAGAUGUUCUUGGUCACACAAAGAACAAAGGGAAAUAAGUCUUGGAAGAAGGGAGGGUUCCACACGCAGGCCAGGGCGGGAAGGGAGUCGUGCCUCCUGGGGCAGCGAAGCGGCACUCCUCUGCCCCAGCACCUGUACCGGGAGGCCUGGGGGUGCCUGAGACCACCUUGGAUGGUGUUGCAGGUCAGCAGAAAACUAAAAAUUGCCAUCCCUUCUGGGGGUACUGUGAAAGUCUAUAGGAAAAACACACCUGGCCUUUCUGCCUUUAAUGCUUUUUGGUCUCAAAUGGAUUGCAGAUGGAACAUUUUCCUGCAUGGGGCACCCUCUCCCUUACUGCUCUUAGAGUUUGGGGUUUAGAUAUUUUGACCAAGGCUCACCCAAUAAAGUUUCUAAAAAUGUUAA